GGCGCUGUGCCGGUGUUUCCCCGAGGCCGAGCCCGGAGCCUGAACACUAGGCCGCGGGCGGCAGCAGGAGCAGCGAGAGGCGGCGCUCGACCCAGAGCUGCGAUGGCUGACUCGUGUUUCGAAUCCGACCCCGAUUUCUGCCCGGAGUGUGGAACCAUCCUGCCGCUGCCGGGCCUGGAGCAGCAUGUGGCGUGUCACAAGUGUGGCUUCCAGAUCAGCGUCCAUGCGUUCGAAGGGACGGAGAUACUGUCGGAGGUGGUGUUCAAUGACCCGGACUCGCUGCGCGCCACCCUGAACAUGGAGGACGAGGCGAGGGAGCCCAAUGGGCCGGAGGUGGACCGCAAGUGUUCCCGUUGCGGGCAUGAGGGGAUGGUGUACCACACCCGGCAGACACGCUCGGCAGAUGAGGGGCAGACAGUCUUCUACACGUGUACCAGCUGCAGGCACCAAGAGAAGGAAGACUCGUGACCGAGGGGCCGAGCGAGGAGGGGUGGGGGUGGGGAGAGUUGCUGGGGUUGGGUGGUGUGUGUGAGAGUGCGUGUUUGUGUAUGAGUGUGUGUGUAAGUAUCUGUACGUGUGAGUGGAUAUGUGUAUGUAUCUGAGUGUGUGUGGGAGUGAGUGUGUAUGUUUUAGUUUGAGUGUGUAAGAGUCUGUGUGUGAUCGUGUGAGUGAGUCCGGGUCCAAUGUUUGAGAAUGUAUAAGUGUGUGAUAGUGAGUGUGUAAGAGUGAGCCUGUGAGUAUGAGUGUGUGUACGUAUGUGUGAGAGAGUGUGUGUGUAUGUGCGUGAGGGUGAGUAACUAUAUGAAUGUGUGUGUAUGAGUGCGUGUGUUUUACAUAAGUGUGAGUGUGCGGGGUGUGAGAUUCCAUGCCGGAUGUGGACCACUGCCCCGAUGGUCCCCGGACCCCCCUGUUAAGGUUUGUUUUUGCUUCAAACAGAUAACAACCCAAUAAUUAGUAAUAAAGCAGUAAAAUCUUUAUUUUGCCCA